ACCUCUGGUUCCUCAAAUCGAUUACAGAAAGAGGAAAAAGAAAUGUCAUUUUUACUAUUGAAAACAUUAGGAAAAAGAUCAAAGCAGCUCUCUCGAAUCCCUACACGCAAAUUUUCUUGCCCUUUUUCUUCCCUUUCUUCUAAUAAUUCCUCCUCCAAUAAUAGCUUCUCAAUUUUUAAUUCUUGGUACAAUUCAUUUAACAGAAGAAAUAAAGGGUUCUCUUCAAUUUUGAAGGGAAGUCCAAAACCCCCAUUUGUUUCUACAUGGGGUGUUCGGUUUUUGAGCUCCGAGGCUGUUGUUGAGCCCACUACUACAGAUGGGCUAACUGUUGAGGGAAUUAUAGCUAAAAGUUGGAAUAUAAUUGAUGAGAGUGAGAAUGAUUGGAAGAGCCAUGCUUCUUCCAUUGCUCAGUCCAUUCAUCUUAUCAAGAAACGCCUCAAGUGGAAAAGGCUAAUGGAUAGGCUUGAAGUGCUGUCAGCUCAAACCAAUAAGGCAGAUCUAUGGGAUGACCCUGUCCAUGCCGGGAAAAUCAGCCGUGAACAUGGUUCUUUAAUGAAAAAAAUGGAGGAUGUUAUGGCAAUUGAACAAGAGUUGGUUGAGCAUAUUGACAUGAUAAAGCUUGCCCGAGAAGAGAAUGAUCCAGAGUUGGAAUCGGAAUCAGUGAAAGCUCUAUUAAGGAUUAGAAGGAACGUGAAAGAAAAAGAGCUCGAAGCUUUAUUAUCUGGGGAGCAUGAUUAUUGCUCUUGUUUUAUAGAGGUGCAAGCUGGAGCUGGCGGUACUGAGAGCAUGGAUUGGGCUUCAAUGGUCAUGCAGAUGUACAAAUUGUGGGCUCAACGUAAAGGAUAUGGUGUUUCUGUUGUGGACGAAAUGCCUGGUGAGAUUGCAGGAAUCAAGCGUGCAACAAUCAAAGUUGAUGGUGAAAAUGCUUUUGGAUAUGCCAAAUCAGAGGUAGGAGUGCAUCGUCUAGUACGCAUCUCACCAUUUGACAGCGCAAAGAGAAGGCAUACUUCCUUUGCCGCAGUUGCUGUUAUUCCAAUUCUCGGGGAUGGAUCUACCCGUGUUCAGAUCAAUGAAUCUGAUCUUCGAAUUGAUCGUUUUCGAUCAGGAGGGGCUGGUGGUCAGAGUGUUAACAAAACUGAGAGUGCUGUCAGGAUAACUCAUAUUCCCACAGGCAUUACUGCCUCUUGUCAGAAUGAAAGGUCACAGCAUUUAAACAAGGCUUCUGCCAUGGCUGUGCUUCAGUCACGCUUGGACCAACUUGAGAUGGCACGGCAGGCUCAAGUGACUGCAGAACAUACCCAGUCUCUCACUGAGAUUAGCUGGGGCAACCAAAUACGUUCUUAUGUGCUCCAUCCUUAUCGCAUGGUGAAAGAUCUCCGGACAAAUUAUGAGGUUUCAGAUCCUGAUUCUGUGCUUGAAGGGGAUAUUGAUGACUUCAUUUUGAGCUUUCUUUCAACAUCAUUAGACAAGGAUGAAGAAUGACCUCUAACCUUAAUUUUCCGGGAACAUUGCCAGUCGAUAGUGAAAAUGGAUAAUAUACACCAAUCUCAGUUCACAAACUCCACUUUGUGACACCAAGAGGCCGCUUUACUGAUGCCUUAUAAUUGCAAAGGAGGAGAAGCUCAAAGAAAUGUUUUGGUCAUAACACAUCAUUCCUGCUAGUUCAUGGUAAUAACAUAUGCUGGCUACUAUUCUUUUGCCGAAGUUCCACCGUAUGGAUCGCAUCAUUUAUACGAAGUUGAUGUAAUAAUAUCUUUGCUUCAAGCUGGUACUCCUUGCUAGGAGACUGCUUUAUUUCAUCCUAACUAUGUAAUAACAGUGAAACUAUAUAUAUAAGAGCAGAACCUGUCAAACUGAGGUAGCGUACGAGUAACUGCGUGAUCAAUUGAUUUU